UAUUUCACUUUUUUUUUUGUGUGUGUUUUUGUCUUCUCUGUUCAAAAAUUAUCAUAUCACCAUGGCGGAAGAUGUACAACUCUCGGCUAAUCAAACUGAAAAAUUAUUACAAUUUCAGGAUCUAACAGGAAUUGAGGAUAUAGAAAGAUGUCGAAAUAUUCUUGAUAAUCACAAUUGGGAUUUAGAGGUAGCUACUCAAGUCACUUUAAAUAUGCGAGAAGGUGCUCCAUCUGUUUACCGGCCAUUACCUAGAUCGCCACCUCCAGUUGUGGCUCAUCCACCUGACCAAAGAGUGUUUCUGGCUGUGCGUUCUUGGCAACCAACAGGAAUUUUAGGAUGGGGAUUCUUAUUCAUAUCCUUUCCAUUCCAGUUUAUGUAUUCAACAUUGAUGAAGCUUGCAAGAUUUGCAUUGAGCUUUAUCAGGGCAGAUCCUAGAAGAAGUGUUACAGAUCCUGCUAGAGAUGUGAUGAAUUUUAUUCAAAAUUUUGAAGAAAAAUAUGGAAGGGAACAUCCUGUAUUUUAUCGGGGUACUUACUAUCAGGCUGUAAAUGAUGCCAAGCAAGAUUUGAAAUUUUUACUUGUAUAUUUGCAUGGGGAUGAUCAUCAAGACACUGAUGAAUUUUGUAGGACAGUAUUAAGAAACGCUGAAACAAUAAGUUUUAUAAAUUCAAAUUUCCUUUUCUGGGCAUGUUCAGUAAAUUCUCCAGAAGGUUAUAGAGUUUCUCAAGCACUGCGUGAGAACACUUAUCCAUUCCUUGCUGUGAUUGUUUUACGAGAUAAUCAAAUGACAGUAGUGGCCAGACUAGAGGGUCCUACUGAACCAGAAGUUCUCAUUCGUCGCCUUAGACUCAUAAUGAAUGAUAAUGAGGCAUCCUUAAUAGCUGCUAGGCUGGAAAGGCAUGAGCGAUCCAUGACUCAAACAAUUCGUCAGCAGCAAGAUGAGGCCUACAAGGAGUCUCUCAAGGCCGACCAAGAGAAAGAAAGGAAGCGGAGAGAAGAACAAGAAGUGAAAGCCCAACAAGAAAGAGAGGAAAGGAACAAAAUAUUAGAAGAACAGAAGCGUAAAGAGGAAAUAAAACGUCAGAAAAUUGAGCUUGCUUCCCAAAUACCUGACGAACCUCCUUUAGAACAUCCGGAUACAAUCCGACUGAUGAUAAAAUUACCAGCUGGUACGAGAUUAGAAAGGAAAUUCAAACGAGAAGAAUCUUUAAAGUUUUUAUAUUAUUUUGUGUUCUGCCAUCCAGAAUCGCCUGACUGUUUUCAGAUAGUGACAAACUUUCCUCGUAGAGUUGUGCCAUGUGAACCAACUGAGAGCAACCCAGAACCUCAGUCUUUUAGUGAUUUUGGUUUUGGGAAAUCUGAAAUGCUUUUUGUGCAAGACAUGGAUGCAUAAAUUAGAAUGUACUUAAUUAGUCCAUUUCGUACAUGAACUGUCAUCGUGAAAUUGAAUGUUUCCUAUGCUGUUGAAUGCAAGCAGCCAGCUUUGAAAGGCGUCACCUUCAUGAAGAAUAUAUUGCUUGCCAUUUAGCAAGAAUUCUAAAAUUGGACCACAUUCAUCCAUUUUAUAUUACAGAAUUUUUGUACUGUUAAAUUCUUAUGAAAGUCAGUGCUUUCAAAUACUCUAUUCAUUAUGUAAUCUGUAUUGCCUAAUUAUUUUAAUUAAAAUUUUAAUGCAAUUAGUUAGUUGCAUUUUUAAAAAUUUAAA